AUGCUGGACACGAUGUACAUACCGCAAGCAGCCAGAUCGAAGCUUGGGUCCGACGGCAGCACAAGUUUCCCCAAGUGCGUCCCCCUGGACCCUCCCACCCAACCUUGGCAGGCUUCUAGCCGUCUUCCACGAGUCUUCCGCGCAUCGUUUCCCUUCCAUUGGAAGACGCCCUGGCCACCACCACUAACACGGUUGACCGGGUGCAUCCUCUCCUCCGUCCAGCCGCUGUGGACUGCUGCUACCCCUCCGUCUCCCUCCGAGGACCGUUACAUGCACCGUGCGCGUCAAUUCGGGUCCGAAGAGCCAGGGGUCCCGGGCUGCAAGUUUGAGACACGCGGUGAGAUGGCGGUCCACCCACACUCGCCUUUCUGUCCUAGGCUGAACCAACUUGGGUAUAGCGACGAGAAGAAGUGUGUCGAAGACUCCAAGGGGAGAGGGGCACACAAUGCUGGCAAGCUGGGAGUGGAAUAG